AUGGAGAGGCUCCGGGUAAGUGCUCCAGUUGACAGCCUAAUUGAUCUCCCAGCCAUCAGCCAGCAUCAACUAUUAGCUACAAAGACCAAGAUUAAGAACUGUGAUUUCCGAUGCUUUGUCCAGCAGGUAGCAGGUGCCAGGCCAUCUACACAUAUUAGCUCGUUUCAGGCGCACGCUGGCUCCUUCAAAGGGCGCGCGCGGGGGGCGAAAAAAACGAAGCAGCGGCCGAGGCAGUUGUCGCCGCUGGCCCAGGAGGCGGGCGCUGGAGAGCCGCCGCCAGAGCUGGCGCUGCUCCCGCCGCCGCAGCCGGCGACCCCGACGUCCUCGGUGGCCACGCUGGACCUGGGCGACCAGCGGGAGCGCUGGGAGACGUUCCAGAAGCGGCAGAGGCUCACCUUUGAGGGCGCCGCCAAGCUUCUGUUGGACACCUUUGAGUACCAGGGCUUGGUGAAACACACAGGAGGCUGCCACUGUGGAGCAGUUCGAUUUGAAGUUUGGGCUUCAGCAGACUUACACAUCUUUGAUUGCAACUGCAGUGUUUGCAAGAAGAAGCAGAAUAGACACUUCAUUGUUCCAGCUUCUCGCUUCAAGCUCCUGAAGGGAGCUGAGAGCAUAACCACAUACACGUUCAACACGCACAAAGCACAGCACACCUUCUGUAAGAGAUGUGGCGUGCAGAGCUUUUACACUCCCCGCUCAAACCCCGGUGGCUUCGGAAUUGCCCCACACUGCCUGGAUGAGGGCACCGUGCGGAGUGUGGUCAUUGAGGAAUUCAAUGGCAGUGAUUGGGAGAAGGCCAUGAAGGAGCACAAGACCAUCAAGAAUAUGUCUAAAGAGUGAGCUCCUGCUUCUCCCUUUCUGAAAAAGGAGGAAUGAUUGGGGCCAGCAGAUUUGCUGUCCGCUCUGCACCUCAGUGGUGUUCAUGAAUGUGGGUGACUCAGGCUACUAGUGCCGUUGGCCAGCGACCAUCUCCAUAUCUGCAGUUUGCUCCAGCUACCAGUUUCUUUAGGUAGCUCUUUGUCCUCCCUCAGCCCAGAUUUUGAUGUAGGCUAGUUGACAACCUUCUUUCUCUUCCCAACUUUUGUGUGAUCUUUUAGAAAAUAAAUAUUUUUAAUAUUAAAGUGG